AUGGGUACUAUAUUAGAUGACAAAGGGAGAAAGCUGUUGAAUGCCCUAUCGAAACAAACAUAUACCCUUAGCGUCAAACAGCAACCUGAAAGAGCGAGGUUAUGUUCUUACAAAGAAGAGAAUGAAACGAUUGAUCGGAGACCAGUCGAUCCUCCUCCGGUGGUCGAGCUGUCAUCUAGUGAACUAUCUAUCGAACAAUUGUUCGAACGCACAUCAUUCUUCAUAAGAGCAACUAUAGUCUCAGCUUCACCCAUACAAAGACCGUUCCCAGAUCAUGGUUUACCAUCAGUUCUCGAACCGUACUAUCAAGCAGUCAAGACCCCGACAGGCGCAGAUGCAACCACAGGAGAAGCGGUGCAGACACCUGAGAAACUUAGAUUGUUAGAUGGUAAACCUGGCGCUCUUUGUAUUUUCGCAAAAUUAUCUGUCAGAGUUCCAGGUGUUUUCAGGUUGAUGUUUACGUUGUACGACACGACAGAAUCUGGAAUCGUCGAAUUAGCGAAAACAGUUUCCGAACCAUUCGAAGUGUUCUCACCCAAAUUAUUCAAAGGGAUGCAUGAGUCCACGCCUCUCACAAGGCACUUAGCUGCUCAAGGGGUUAAAGUUAAGCUUCGGACCGAUACCAGUGUCGGUCGACAGAGUACGAGCAGAAGACGAACACCUGCCUCAAACAACAAAUCCACAUCCUCAGGUAAUAAAAUCACUUCUGUGGAACAAAAGCCUUCAGCUUCUCCUUCAGGUUCGACUAUGCCGUACCCAUCUCCUUCUUCCUCUACGCAGCAUUCUCCACUUGACAGACCCAGAAAUACCACUCAUCAAGCAUCUUCAUCGUCUCGGCAAGCUCACCCACCAUCGGCUCUCACAUCUAACCGAGCUUUGGUGUGGAGACAGCCGAUGGAGUUCUAUGGUUACUCAAAUACGAAUGAGCAGACACAUCAUUCACACUCACAAUCAGCAAUCCCUGGACCUGGCCCCUCGACUGUUAGAAAAAGGAGAUUUGUUGAUGAUGGAUUGAUCCCUUCGUUGAAAGAGAUCACUGCAAGAUAUGAUUUUACUCCCACGCCUCCAGCCACGGACUUAGCAGCAUUCUCUUUAUCAAGGUCCUCACCUCAUCCACACGACUCUAACUACCGAUCGCACUCCAGGCAGACCUCACCUUCGGCAACUGCUGUGUAUCGGGCAUCACCUUCCUCCCCUUUUGCAAAUCAACGACAGAUUCGCCCUUCAACAAACCCCUCUCAAUCGUCCACCCACCGGUCGUCCGAUGGCUCAUCGCAACCACGCCUCAACCAUAAUUCGUCAGAAUCCUCAUUCACCUCGACGAACAAUUCAGCGUUUUCUUCAUUGAGCAGUCGAUCAACUGCAUCGAGUUCCACUUCUUCAACCGUACCUUCACCCUUGCCAAGAUUGAACUUGGGUCCUGGUGAUGAUGGUAUACCAAGGUUACCAUUACCGACUUUAUCUUCCUCAAGCAAUCGCGGAGUACAACUACCCGCAACCUUUGUUCCACCGAGUGUCAAUCAGAUACUGGACAGAUUCCCAAGUUCCGGUUCAUCCAAUCCGACCACUUCAUAUGAUAGAUCAAACAUCUCUCCCAGAUUACCAGCCAAUAGUAAUAUUUCGCCAUUCGGCGUGUCGUCGGAUUCUGAAUACGGAUCAUCUUCACCGCGGGAAGGAGUCGGUUAUUUCAAUCUGCAUGCUAAUGGUGGAAAUAGGAAUGCAGGCUCUGCAGGAAGAAAUUUGCCUCCACCGAUGACGCUACCUCCCAUCAGACCAUUGGGAGGGGAUGAAAGGUCCGGUGAUAUCGGUAGAUCUUGA